GCAGCAGCAGCAGCAGCAGCAGCCUCACCAGUAUCUCACUUCGCCUACAGAUGACGGGCGGUUCUACCAACAUUCGCCCGUAGACGCCUCCCAUGGACAGCUACAGCAUGCCUUUCACUACCCCCAACAUCCGCAGGCAGCACCAUCACCACCACCGGCACCUGCUCAGAUACAUCGAAACCCGCCACCACCGUUCCCCGUAUCAACGCCUCAGCCUAUCAUCCAGGUUUCUGAGCCACCUCCACAAACACCAACAAACUCGAGCGAUCUUACAACGGCUUUCAACGAGCUCAAAAUUGACGAAACUGGCAUUGGUAAGGCACUCUCGGCUCUCAAAACACCCCCUCCGUUUCAGAUGCAUACUAACACGCACAUCUCUCUAGCACCAUAUAUAAAUCAAGAGUCAAAGGACCAUAUAAAACCACAGACUGCUCUGGCCGAGUGCGAACAGUCUCUACCACCGCUGUACAAUGGCGCGAAUUCGUCCCUGCAGUUCCCUGCGGAGCUCAUGCCCUCCGACACCGAGGCGCUCGAGUACUUCAGAGUCUACUUUGAUGAUCUACAUCCUUACCUCCCUGUAAUCCCUAGGAACUACUUCUACGAGCAAUGGCGGCGAGAGAAGUGGGAUAUCUCCCCUCUCCUGCUCAGCGCGCUUUUUGCCUGUUCCGCCAGGGCUCUCAACGAUACCGCAAAGGCUACCAAGUGGCUUGCCCUCGCUAACAGUACGUACUGUCUCUCUCUCUCUCUCUCCUUUCCCCUCCCCCUCGCAUUUACCUUGUGAGUGCUACUUUGGCUAACCUGGUGGUAGAAUUCGAGCCGGAAUUCAUGGAAGCGCCUCGUCUCACCACCGUACAGGCUCUGUUGCUUAUUAUGAAGGCCCGAGAAGCCAUGCCACGCCCAGGGUACUACUACCGCUCAUGGCAGACGAUCAAGACGAUCAUCUCAAUGGCCAAGGACCUCGAACUGCAUCAGCAUUACCAAUACCACGCAGAGGGCAAGCUUUGUGGCUACGACACCGUGGAGUGUCUCAUUCGCACCCGCGUCUGGCAGACUAUUCUUGUUGUCGAGAUAAUGGUUGGAGGGCCCCAAGGUACGUCCAAGAUGUUUAAAAUACAUCCCAUGCAUAUCAUGCAUACCAUAUGCAUACCAUGCAGAUCCAUACUAACAGUUGACAGGACGCUCGGAGUUUGGCGUGGAGACAGACACGGUAGAGAUCCGUCCGUCCUGGGAUAUCCCCAACCUCGAUGCCUACGAAGUCGAACGGUCAAGACAGUUCAGCUACUUCGUCCAUAAUGCUCUCAAUAUUCGUCGCAUAGUUGACGUCUUCCACAAGGUGAAAAAGACCAAGGACUGGGGCGCCAAUCCGCAGUUUGCCCGGAACAACCCUCUUUUCGAGGCUUGGUACAACAGCCUGCCACCAGAUCUCAUGGUCACCUACCCACCAGAUGGUUCGCCUCCAUGGAUUCCUUCGCAUUUUCUCGCAAACAUGCAUUCCCACUUUGAACUGGCCAAGAUCAUGCUACAUCGCCCCCAAUUUGUCGCCGCCAGCUCAUUUCCAGCAGGCGGAGAAUGGAGACAUCACUUCUCGAUAUGCUACAGCUCGGCUAAGGCGAUCUGCCGGCUGCAGGAAGCCCUACUCUCCUCCUUUGGCGUAUCAGGUUUCCUGUGCAUGCAGAGAGGUAUCAACUUCUCCAUCUACUGCAUCCUGACCAGUGUCAUGUUACAUCUUGUAGCCAUCACCUCUCCAGACCCGGAAUUCAACAAAGAUUCCAGGUCAUAUUUUACUCGGCACAUGAGAGUUCUGGAAUCGUGCAGCUCUUCCUGGCCCAUGACGGAAUUACAGUCGCAACUUGCUGCUCUACGCCUUGCUUUCUCCGCAGACAUCAACAAGCCGUUCGAGCUGAAGCCAACUUUCCCCUACGGCAGCCCAGUCGGGCCCCCGUCUCAGUCUCUGCCUCCCAGUGAUGCGAUGUACCAUUCGUCGCCAUCAUACAGUGAAGCCCAAGAACCUGCUCAGGGCACGGGGAAUCUUCCCUUCUCCGACUCAUACCCCAUCAGUCCACCUGUUUCCACGCAGACGAGCGUAAAGCCCGAGUCUCCUGCAACGGGCACAUAUGGCCUGCUGCAGCCCUACGACACUACUCGCGCUCCACCUCCAAUGACAUCCAUGCCACUUGUCGAUGAAAACAGCUGGAAUCCUUCGAGAAUCAUAACACAAUGGGACCUUGCGUUUUCAGGGAACAUAAACUCUAACUCACCUCCCUCCGCAACAUCAUCAACCAACAGCACAGUUGUUCCUGACCCCCAUUCUCUCUACCCAUCUUCCUCUACCAUGGCAAAUGCCAAUGGCAGCCCAGGCUCCGGCGCCGCCCAGUACUCAGAUUACUCCCAGCCUCUCAUGCCACUGGUCGAUCCUAAUCAGCCUACGCAGGUCUCCAUGCCUGCACAUCAGUACAACAUGCUGCCCGUUGUCAUGGGGGCCAGAGACUGGCAACGUAGUGUGGCCAGCGUUAUUGAUCCCGAGGGCGCGAAGAGAAGAUGGGAUGAUGCUGACAGCUACGGUGACGAACAGGCUAAACGGAGAAGAUGAUUACAACUGACAUGUACACAAAUACCUGUCAAUUUCUUUCUUGGUUUCUUUCUUUAUGUCUUUUUCUUUUUUCUUUUUCUUUUCUUUUCUUUUCUUUUUUUAUUUUUAUUUUUAUUUUUUUUUUU